GAAGGCAAAUACAGAGUUGUAAUGGAGGCGAGCAGCAGAGUUAUGGUGCAGGUGUUGUUGUUGGCGUUGGUGGUUCAGGUCACCCUGUGCCAGCACUGGUCGUAUGGAUGGCUACCAGGUGGAAAGAGAAGUGUGGGAGAGCUCGAGGCAACCAUCAGAAUGAUGGGCACGGGAGGAGUGGUGUCUCUUCCCGAGGAGACGAGUGCUCAAACCCAAGAGAGACUUAGACAGUACAAUGUAAUUAAUGAAGAUUCCAGUCACUUUGAUCGAGAAAAGAGGUUCUCAAAUAAAUGAAGAGCAGCAGAAAAAGACAGACUGACUGCAGCAUUAACAACACCAUGGAUGGAUCAGCAAAGCUCGCUCCAGUGAAUCACCGUUUAGCCUGCUGCACAGAAUUACCUGUUUUCAUGUUUGAAUUCAC